AAUGUUCGCGGUCCCGUGGAGCAAGGCUGAGGCGGUGCGAAGACCGUUCAUCGCAUUCGCCCCAUCUCUCCUCGCUCACUUCAAUCGUCCCCAAGCGCCGCAUCCGGCCAAGAAUAGGGCGACUGUUGGAAUUCUGCUUAGCUGCUCACCACCGAAGUGCCAAGGAUUGGAAGCGUAGGACCAGUGUUCAAGACAGGAGGUAGCCAUUCGCCCUCACAUACCCUUUAUCUGCCCUUGUGAUCGCACCGAGACCAUGUCCGGGUCAGGGCAAAUCGACGUGGGCGAUCUCACACCACAACAACUCCUCGAUGUGCGGCAACAGCUCACAUCAGAGCUUCAGCAUCUAACAGCAUCCUACGGCCAACUCAAGGCAGCUCAGCUCAAGUUCAAGUCAUGUCUGGAUAGUCUGGAAGAGAUGGGUUCCAAGGCGGAAGGCAAGGAGAGCUUGAUCCCUCUUAGCGCCAGUCUUUACGUCCCUGGCAAAUUGAGGAAUACGCAAAAGGUCAUUGUGGAUGUAGGCACUGGGUAUUACAUCGAAAAGGACAUUCCCAGUGCUCAGAAAAUGUACAAGGAGAAGAUAUCGUUCGUUCAAAAGUCACUGGACGAGCUGCAAGCUACCAUUGUUCGCAAAGAGGACAACAUGAAGGUAGUCAGGGACGUCUUGACAGUCAAAGCAGCUCAGGCGAAGCAGCAGCAGGAGUUGCAGCAAAGGGAACAGACGGGGGCUCCCUCUCAGACGUCAUGAAUUGCAAUGCUCAUAUCAUUCCGACAGCUCGCGCU